CAAUCUUUGCUAAAUUUCAAUCACAGCUGCCCAUCAUGUCUGAUCAAUCAAAACCCAUGUCCCAAACACUCUACGAGUCCACCCCAAACUCAACCCAGAUCAUCAGAUUCUUGACCGCAGCAACAAUUGGUGCUGUGCUAUUAUUCCUGUCCGGGUUAACACUAACCGGGACAGUGAUAGCCCUGAUCAUUGCUACCCCGGUUAUUGUUUUGUUCAGCCCAAUUUUAGUCCCGGCUGGGAUAGUGACAUUCUUGGCCAUCGCCGGAUUCUUGUUUUCCGGCGGGUGCGGCGUGGCGGCGCUGAUGGCAUUGUCUUGGAUAUACAAGUAUAUCGCCGGAAAAAACCCGCCCGGGGCGGACCAGCUGGACUCGGCGAGGAUGAGGAUUGCGAAUAAGGCUAGGGAUAUGAGCGAGAGGGCUAAGGAGUAUGGACACUAUGUGCAGCAGAAGACUCAGGAGGCCAGUCAGGUCUCAUGAGUUGCAAUCGUUUCUUGUGGUGGUAGUGUGUGAUAUGUGUGUCUGAAUUAGCUUUUAUUUUUUUUUAAUUUUUUUUUUUUGGGGAAUUUUUUUAAGAGUCUACGCAUUUUAGUACUAAUCUCACGCUACCUAAAAUUCUCGGUAAAUUAGGGUUAGGGCUGGAUUUAAUAAUGCUGAUAUGAUCGCACCCCUGUUUUACACAGGGUUAUGCUUAUGUAAUUGUUGUGUGCUGUUGCAGUGCAUUGGUAAUGUGGUGGGUAUUGUUUUUAA